AUGGGGCUGUAUGUUGGUCGUACCAACAUCACCAUUGGAAUGCCAACAUGUGGCAAGCUUCCCUACCGCAUAAAUAUCUCGCCCCUGCAAACUCGAUCCAACUCCUCCACACCGACUACCUUCGUCAACACCAACAUCCACCUCGACGACCAUCUCACAUACAUCACGAUGCAUUCCAAACUCCUCAGCACGCUCACCCUCCUCCUCUACACGGCCGCAGCCUCGAACACAUGCGCCGUGCUCCCCGGAGCCAAGCCCGCGUCCUCAGAAUUCCACAAGAUCUGCACGGUGAUCGAAGCCGCCAACAUCACCGCCGAACCCUACGUUGGAUGCAGCAACACCUCAACCUACCGCGUCUUCUCGACCUCGAACCCGAGCAACUGGGCCGCGGUGCAGACCUGCUUCGCCAACCUCCUGGGGGUUUCCGACAGCGAGUGCCCUGAGGGGUUUUGGGUGCAGCACUACCACACCAUCCAGUUCAACACCUUCGAGACGGCGUCGGCGAACGUGACCAACGACCAUGGCGUGGCGGUGGAGUGCACUUUCCAGUUCAACAUCACGGGGUUCCCGGCCCAGGGCCCGGUUUAUGUGGGCGCGAAGGACGUGCGAGAUAUUGUGGCCACUGCGAAUAGGGAGGUGAAUAAGAUGAAUCUGGCGGUUGAGGGUUUCACGAAUUGUCUGGCGCCGGGCGAGGGGAAUACUACGGCGAAUGCGAAUGGGGCCGAGAUCAAUUGGCGGGUCAUGUGGUGGACGGUGAAUCCGGGGGAUGAUUCUAGUGUGCAGCCGCUCUAG